AUGAUGCUAAGAACGACAGCGUUAGUGACGGUAUUGGCUUUUCUCGUUGCUUCGGCUGGUGCAUUCAAUAC